ACAUCGACGAAAGAACACCGUCCACGUUGAUCAUAUAAACAACACAUGAAAUCACAGCAUUAUCAAACAGGAGUUAAAGAAAUGCAUAAAACGUGAACCUUUUGUGUAGAAUGGACCACAAUCAGCACCAUCAUCACCAGCAUCACCAUCCGUCAUCUACGCCGGCUCCUAUCGUUAGUGAUCAUUCUCAUCAUACACAACAUGCAGAACACAAUCAUCCUGUUUAUUUCAACUUUAACCUAGAUGUACCGGUUUUAUUCACUGGAUGGUUGUUGAACUCGAGAACUGGUAUCUUUGCGCUCUGUCUUGGAACACUUAUAUUGGGUAUCUUGUAUCAGGGUAUUAAACACUUACGUGUCUAUGUUCACAGAGAUAUUCCUCUAGUCAAACAUUCAGCUUUGACGAGAGAGCACGCUUUACAGACUUUACUCUACAGUAUUCAGAUCAUAGUCAGCUAUGUUCUAAUGUUAGUGAUAAUGACUUUUAAUGUUUGGAUAUUCCUCUGUACGGUUCUUGGACUUGGUGUUGGAUUCUUCUUAUGUGAGUGGCAUCGUCCAAAGAUAAGACUGGAAAACUGUCAGAAGGAUUGCUCCAAACCGAUAUCUCGUGUUAACACAGGACUAACGAGACUUAGUGCUAGCGAUGUCAAAAUUACAGGAGAUCAUGAACUGGAACCUCUCAAUGAUACCUUAGAUCAGUGCGAAAAUUGCAGAGAAACACGAUUGUAAUCUUUUCACUUUCUCUCACUAUUUUUAUCCCUUUACAAAAUUUACAAUCAGUGAUAUUUUCGGAAAUAUUGAUGUCGCUUUACUUCUAUUGUCGGUAACGCUUUUUAUGCUCUUCUUAUCUGUUCUUCUACCAGCCUUCAAUUUAGAAUUGUAUCAAAAUUUUGUAAGUUUUAUAUGAAAGCAAGUGACGUAGCACAUUUUGUAUGAAGCCCUUCCCUUUGCCUAAAAGGUGCUAUGCCAUUUUUUUCUAACUGCUUAAAAUUUAUUGCAAUUUCAGGAACAACUGCAUACAGAUUACAGAUAUACGUAUUAUAAAUCAGAUACUCACCUGGUCGCAUUAUUCACAUUAAUAAAAAACCUCUUAAUAAUCUCUGACAAGAGGUUUUUAUAAUACGAGUUAAAAGUAUUGCGAUACUCACCAACAUUAUUCACCAGGUGAGUAUCGCAAUACUUAGAACUCGUAUCUGAGAUAUGAUACAUGUAUCUGUUAUCUGUAUGCAGUUGUUCAUGAAAAAGCAAUAGUCAAUUACCAAUUUUAGUUUGUUACGGCAUGUCAAAUAGCAUGUCAAAAUAAUAAAUGAUGGCAAUAAUUUCUGAAUUCAUAGUAUAUACUGUUAUAUGUCAGUUUGAAGAUCGUUAAUGCUGUCCAACCUUAUUGCUUUUUGAAGCAUAGUGGCAAAGGGGUAUCAAUUAAACGUUGCAAUCAUGAUCUCCAUCCAUUUUUUUUAUGAAUUAUGAAGAACAAAAUUAAUCAUAUUUUUAUUUAUAUGACUGUUAUUUAAAUGUUUAAUUUUUACCGAAUUGAUUAGUUGUGGAGUGCAAUAAAAUAAUAGCAAUGGUGCUAACAUGCAUUAAUUAUGAUAUUAAUUUAUUUAUUGCAUACACUAUUCUGUAAAUUAAAAUAAAAUGUUAGUGGAUGAA